AUGUCCAGCUACAACAAACGGAUUCGGGAAAACUACCUCUCCACUCGGGUAAACGACGAGAGAGAGAAAAUGACUCUGCAGAACAUAUAUACCUUCGACAAGAUGGCGGGGAUAGACCAGCAGAAAAAAGAAAUAAUGGAGGCCCUAAAAAUGCCUUUGGAGCACUAUAAAUACUAUGAGCAGAUUGGGGUUGAGCCUGCGGGCGGUAUACUUAUUCAUGGGCCGUGCGGGUGCGGAAAAACAGCCUUUGCAAAUGCAGCUGCCAAAGAGGCAGGUCUUCCGAUUUUUCCUAUUACAAGAGGGGACUUUAUUUCUAAAAGCGGGGCUUCUGAAGAUAACGCCUCGGCUGUUUUAGAGAAGGCAGUUUCGUUCUCUCCAGCGAUUAUACUCAUCGAUGACAUAGACCGGUUUUGUAUGAAAAGGGAGGGGCUAGACAAUGAGUCAGACAAGCGGGUGGUUCUUCGGGUAGUGGAGUUUAUCAGUGCCCUUCCAAAGAAAGUGCUGGUUAUUGCAACAGCCACCUCUGCAGAUGACAUAGAUCCAAUUCUCAGAAGGUCUGGAAGGCUGGAGAGAGAAAUAAAGCUGAUGGUGCCAACUGAAAAUGAGAGAAAGCUAAUCGUGCAGAAGCUUUUUUCUGCUACAGUGAAUAAGAAUCUUGACUACGAAAAAAUUACAAAAGCCACUCCAGGAUACGUUGGUGCAGAUAUUAAGCUGCUAGUAACAGAGGCAGGCCACUCGGCGGUUAGGCGGGCUGUGCGCGAGAAAGAAAAUAUUUCUGCAAGCGCUGGUGGCCAGCGUGAGAGUCUCUUGGCAAUCACACAGGACGAUGUGUGCGAGGCUUUGGCAAAAGUGCAGCCUGUUGCCAAAAAGGAGGGCUUCACAACAGCAUCGGAUAUCUCCUUAGAUGAUGUGGGGGCCAUGGAGCACAUAAAGAAGGUGCUUGAGAUGGCCAUAGUGCAGCCUUCUUUGUAUCCAGAGAGAUUUAUAAAGGUGGGAAUUCAGCGGCCUGCCGGAGUUCUUCUUUAUGGGCCGCCAGGAACGGGAAAAACAAUGCUGGCGCGGGCUAUAUCUAACAAGACACACUGUAACUUCAUUUCUGUGAAAGGGCCAGAGCUGAUCAGCAUGUAUUAUGGAGAAAGCGAGAGAGCCAUCAGAAAGCUCUUUGCCAGAGCAAAGGCAUCCCAGCCAUGUGUCAUAUUUUUCGAUGAAAUUGACUCAAUAUGUAGGAAGAGAGAUGCUGGAGCAAGCAAAUUUGGAGACACCCUUGUGAACCAGCUGUUGAUAGAAAUGGAUGGGCUUGAGGGAAGAGGAGCUGUCUAUGUUCUGGGAGCUACAAAUAGAAUAGACAUCCUAGACAGAGCUCUUCUGCGCCCAGGGCGAUUUGAUAACAUAAUUGAGGUGCUGCCGCCCACUCCUUUGGAGCUCAUUGAAAUACUAUCCAAAAAGCUCUCAAAGCUAGCUGUUGAUAAGAAUGUCAACCUGGAGGCAUUGUACCUGGAGGGCCUCACUGGUGCAGAGAUAGAUCUGCUUAUAAGAGAGGCCGGAAAUGUGUGUCUGCAGGAAACGCCUUUAGACUCCGAUCCAGUUAUUGGGCAGGCGCACUUAGAGUAUGCUUUAGAAAAAAUAAGAGAUAAAAUCUAUACUCUUCAGAAAUAA